GUCCCCGCCCCGUCCCUGUGUCCCGUCGUCGGCGCGGCGCGGGGUGGGCGGUGCACCCCGCCAGCGCAGCGGCAUGAAGGAGCCGUCGUUGCCCGGCACCUCGCUGCAGCGGGCCUGCCGCCUCCUCGUCGCCUUCUGCGCCCUCCACCUCUCGGCCACGCUGCUCUACUACCUGGCGGGCAGCGCCCUGGGGCCGCCGGGCAGCCCCGAGCCGCCACCGCGCCGCCCUCCACCCGCCAACCUCUCGCUGCCGUUCUCCCACCCGCCGCCACCCACCGCAGGGUCCCCGCCCGCCUCGUCGCCGACGGGCCCUUGCCCCGAGCCCUCCCCGCUGCUCGUUGGUGCGCUACGUGUGGAGUUCUCCCAGCCUGUGAACCUGGACGAGGUGGCGAGACUAAACCCAGAGGUCAAAGCAGGAGGUCGUUUUGCUCCAAAGGACUGUAUAGCACUUCAGAAAGUAGCAAUAAUCAUACCAUUCAGGAACCGAGAGGAGCACCUGAAGUACUGGCUCUAUUACCUGCACCCAAUUCUCCAAAGGCAACAACUAGAUUAUGGAGUGUAUGUUAUCAACCAGGAUGGAGAGGAAGAGUUUAACCGUGCUAAACUGCUGAAUAUAGGAUUUGCAGAGGCUCUGAAAGAGUAUGAUUAUGAUUGCUUUGUGUUUAGUGAUGUAGACCUCAUCCCAAUGGAUGACAGGAACACCUACAAAUGUUACAGCCAGCCACGGCACCUCUCUGUAUCCAUGGAUAAAUUCGGAUUCCGGCUGCCUUACAAUCAGUAUUUCGGAGGUGUGUCUGCCUUGAGCAAAGAGCAGUUCACAAAGAUCAAUGGGUUCCCAAACAACUACUGGGGCUGGGGUGGCGAAGAUGAUGACAUUUAUAACAGGCUGGUGUUCAAAGGUAUGGGGAUAUCGCGUCCAGAUGCUGUCACUGGGAAGUGCAGAAUGAUUCGGCAUUCCCGGGAUAGGAAGAACGAACCCAACCCUGAGAGGUUCGACCGAAUUGCUCACACAAGGGAGACAAUGAGCUCUGACGGCUUAAACACCCUAUCCUACAAGGUCUUAAGAACUGACAAGUACCCUCUGUAUACAAGGAUCACAGUGGAUAUUGGCUCACCAAAUAGCUAACAUCACAGACAGGAGAGAGACCUUGCCUGUGUGGACCAGGACAUCUGGCCUCUCUGAUGCUUUAUAUCUGCUGGGUUUCUAACAGUUGCAAUGAACAGCAACAACAACAAAAGGCCUCUUUUGGCAUGCC